AUGGGAAGGCAUGAGAUAUGGCUUCUCUUGUUCUGCUCUCUUCUCUGCAACUUACAACCGAGUUGCCAGCAGGCGUACAACACCAUGUUCAGCGGGGAUUCCCUUCUUUCCGGCCAAUAUCUCACCUUCUCCAACAACGUCCUCACGAUGCAGAGCGUCUGCAAUUUGGUGCUCAAAAGAGGCGGAAUUAGCAUUUGGUCCUCUGACACAAGCGGCGGAGGGAAGAACUGCACCCUCAAGUUACAGUUGGACGGCAACCUCCUCAUUUACAGUCAGAACAACACCGCCGUCUGGAGCACCGCACUUCCUGGCACCGGUGCACGGCGGACAAUAAGACGGCCGGUGGGGAGCCCUUUUCUGUUGCAAAGAAGCCUCUCUUUAACCUAUUCCAGCGACGUUGUCGCCUCCAAUUGUGCAGUUAAGCUAUUCCGAAGCGGAGAGCCGACGAACGUGCUGUACAGCUACGAAUAUCUCCUCCCAGGCCAAUCUCUCGCCACCGGUGACGAUGCUCUGGUCAUGCAGAGUGACUGCAAUCUGGUGCUCUACAGGAAAAGGACGGCGAUCUGGGCAUCCGGCACCAGCGGACGAGGCACCAACUGCAUCUUAAGCAUGCAGAAUGACGGGGAUCUGGUUAUUUAUCAAGACGGUGACCAAGUAUGGAAUGCCGGUGCCGGCGGGAAGACUCGACGUCAUUACGUACUAGCCCUCGGCCGGGACGGAAACUUGGGCAUCUAUGGUGGUGCCGUCUGGGCUACCGGCACCUUCAGUACGAGUUUAUCUGUAUGA